AUGAAAAAGGUAAUUAUCGUCGGUGCCGGGCCUUCGGGCUUGAUUCUUGGGCUCUUGCUCGCAAAAGCAGGAAUCGAAGUUGAGCUAUUAGAUGCGGGAUCUGAAAUCGACAAGCAACCUCGCGCAGCCCAUUAUGCAAGCCCAGCGGUCUACGAAUUGGGGCGUGCUGGGGUCCUAGAAGAUGUCAAGGAACGAGGCUUCCAACCUGAAGGAUUUGCAUGGCGACAAUUGGACGGAACCCUCAUUGCUGGUAUGAGCCAUGCUGUGCUUCCGAUAGAAUACCCAACAAGAAUGGUAGUGCUUCCACUUGACCGGCUGGGAGAAGUACUCUAUGAGCAUAUCCAGCGACAACCCACAGCACAGGUGAAAUGGUCCCAUCGAGUCGUACAUGUUGGUCAAGAUGAAGACUGCGCAUGGGUUGAGAUUGAAACGCCAGAUGGGGUCAAAAGGUCAGAGGCAGACUAUGUGAUUGGUUGUGAUGGUGCCAGUAGUACUGUGCGGCGUGAAUUAUUUGGGCCUGAGUAUCCGGGUGAGACUCUGGAUGCACAGAUCGUCGCAACAAACGUUUAUUACGACUUCGACAGCUUCGGAUACUGGGACAGCAACACUAUAGUCGAUCCGGAAAACUGGUACCUGGCUGCGCGGGUGACCACAGAUGGACUUUGGCGCUUCACAUAUGGCGAUAAACCGGGACUGAGCAAAGAGGAAUAUCUUGCGCGACAGCCACAACGCUACGAAGCUCUUCUACCUGGAAACCCCAAGCCAGGACAGUAUAAGAUAACCAACAUCAGUCCGUACAAGCUACAGCAGCGAUGUGCGCCUAGCUUCCGGGUUGGAAAGAUUCUUCUUGCAGCAGAUGCAGCUCAUCUCUGUAAUCCAUUCGGUGGACUCGGACUUACGGGCGGUAUCGCAGAUAUUGGAAGCUUAUUCGAUUCAUUGAUUGGAAUUCACAAGGGUCUCGCAGAUGAAUCCAUAUUGGACAAAUACAGCGAAAUCCGCAAACGCAUCUGGACUGAGAUAAUAGAUCCCAUCUCAAGGGAGAACUUUCGAAGACUGCACGAUCAGGAUCCGACCAAGGCACGAGAAAAUGAUGAAUUCUUUAAGCUGUGCGUGAAAGGAGAGACUGAUGAACAGGUCGCGAAGGAUAUUGCCCUAGGAUUGGAUAUUGUUCGACAUGACAUGACGCAAUAUUAUACGAAAUGA